UUGGAGGAGGAUACUAGAGAAACAGCCAUCGCUCCUGUGUCCCCAGGAGCUGGGAGUGCGUUGGCGGAGGUGGCCCGGGAGCUGAGCUGCCGCCAUGGGAAACACCACGAGUGAGCGCGUGUCCGGGGAGCGCCACAGCGCCAAGGCUGCCCGCGCUGAGGGCGCCGGUGGCCAUGCAGCCAGCAAAGAGCACAAGAUCAUGGUGGGGAGCAGCGACGACCCCAGUGUCUUUAGUCUGCCCGACGCCCGGCUCCCUGGGGACAAAGAGUUUGUAUCCUGGCAGCAGGAUUUGGACGACCCUGUAAAGCCCACACAGCAGGCCCGUCCCACGGUUAUCCGCUGGUCUGAAGGAGGCAAAGAGGUCUUCAUCUCUGGGUCCUUCAACAAUUGGAGCACCAAGAUUCCACUGAUCAAGAGCCAUAAUGACUUUGUUGCCAUCCUUGACCUCCCUGAGGGAGAGCACCAAUACAAGUUCUUUGUGGAUGGACAGUGGGUUCAUGAUCCAUCAGAGCCUGUGAUUACCAGUCAGCUCGGCACAAUUAAUAAUUUGAUCCAUGUGAAAAAAUCUGAUUUUGAAGUGUUUGAUGCUUUAAAGCUAGAUUCUAUGGAAAGCUCUGAGACAUCUUGUCGAGACCUUUCCAGCUCACCUCCAGGGCCUUAUGGUCAAGAAAUGUAUGUAUUUCGAUCUGAGGAGAGAUUUAAACCUCCACCCAUCCUUCCGCCUCACCUUCUCCAAGUUAUUCUUAACAAGGACACUAAUAUUUCUUGUGACCCAGCUUUACUUCCUGAGCCCAACCAUGUUAUGCUGAACCACCUCUAUGCAUUGUCCAUUAAGGACAGUGUGAUGGUUCUUAGUGCAACUCAUCGCUACAAGAAGAAGUAUGUCACUACGCUGCUGUACAAGCCCAUCUGAAAACACCCCUUGUCUCUGAGGAUUCAGAAGUGUCUCCCUUGCCUUUUAACUGAACCAGUCUAGAUCUCUGAGAUUGGAAGACUCAUUUGCUUUGAGGCUGAUAUGUGUGUUUCAGAGCCUCUGAGUAGGAUGCUCUGCUUUUGCAUUUGAUUGCAGAUGAGAGCUUUAUGAGUUUAUGAAAUUUAUUUUAAGAAAAAAAUAUAUAAAUACAUAUAUACAUAUGAGAGGAAGGUUACAGAAGUCUCCUAGCCUGGGAAUACUUGCCAAGACCUGUUGGGGGAGCUGCAGGGAUAAGUAUACAGGAAGCUUUUUUUUUCCUAAAAUGGAAGAAUAGCAAACUCUUAGGAUCCCUGCUGGGCGGAGACUCUGUCACUACCUUGGGUGUCCAAGGGAUGAAUUUGUGCUAAACCGCUGCCCUACUUACAGCCUCCUCAGUGUGGGGUUGGCUUUUCUUGCAUGUGUUCUUUGUAUUCCCACAGUAUGUGACACAGUCUGUUUUUUAUGAUACCAGAUGCUCUACAAGAACCCUUUUUCUCUCGUCUCAUAUUCAUCCUUUAAUAGCCUCCUUCAGAACUCAGACUUGAUUCCUCUAAUGCAGAAUUCAUUGAGUAAGUGGACCCUUUUAAAAAGUUGUGUGGGACCUGACCUACCUUAGAGACUAGGAUGGCAGAGGUCUCUGUCUUAACCCACUAAAGGCCCAGGCCACUUUGUUGCCACUUGGGUUAACUUCUAAAGAAAAUAUGGCUCACCAUUUUUUUUUUUUUUAAAUGCAGACUACUUUUCAUUUCAGUUUAGAGCCAUAGCUUGACCGUGUGGCACAUUCCUUCAUGUCUUUCUACUUGACCUGUCCUUGCUUCUAGCUUUUCUUUAUCAGAGCAGACAGGUUUGCAUAUAGGCAUGGAACCUGGGAAAUCUUCCAUGACUUUCAGUCCUGAAAGAUACUCUUUGUGCCUGUAUUUUCUUUAAUUAAAGUAUGCCUUUUCUUUGUCUAAGAGACCGUAUUGAAGAAGUUUAGGCUUUUAAUAAGUGGUUCUUAAGAUUUUCUUCUGUAAUCUAGGGAAGUCUACAAUCUUACCUGUCUAUGGCCAAGAACUGCUCUACAUACAAUUCAUUAGGGCUGUUUGGUGCACAUAAUGGGUCCCCUUAAAAGGCCAAGAAGCAACAAAGUAUCCUUGUUUUUCAUAACCAUGAAAAGUAUUGAUCUUUGCACUAAAUGUUCUUUCUGCCUUUCCUUUUUAAAUGUUUGAUGAUCAAGUGGGGUCACAGGCUUCCAUUUAUUUUCUGAAAAUAUUUAAUAUACCCUUGGGGUUCAGAGAUAAAGCUUUUGUCCCCCAAGUAUCUUGACUCUUCCAUUUUACAGAUAAAUACAAGUCAUACAUUCAACAUGGAAGGAAUCCAAACUGUUGAUGGCUGAGCAACCCCUUGAUUGCUAAGAUGAGCCCAGCCACACUGAAAGGGGACCUACAGGUCAGUUUAGCUACCUCCUGUCUUUCCCAUACAAAUGUGGAAUGCAGUUCUCUUUGAGUAUGUAGACCUCUUUGAUCCCAGGUAUGAGGCAGAAAGGAGUUGUUCUGUAAGUAAUGCAAAUUACUAAGUGCUUUGGUGGCUAAUUGGUAAUAGUAAAUACUGCUUUAGCCACCCUUCUUCUGCACCUUCUGUAGAAGAACACUUUUGUGGAAAACUUUAAUGGUCCAAACCACUUUUUGAAUGGUGUGCCAUUUUAAAACUCCAGGCCAAAUCCUAUUAUAAUCAACUCUCAGGAUCUACAUAGUCUUCAGUUGUACUGGAAGUUUGUUUUUAUCCAAUGCCCAUUAGAUAAAUGUAUUACCUGGGAUGAUUAAAAAUCUUGGUUGUUAGUGGAAGAUUUUGUUGUACUCACAUUGCCUGUUGCCACUAUUGAAAUGUAAUUAUCUAUAUGUCAUUUAUUAAAACUUUUACUCCACAAAAGUUUAUCAGUGGAGUGAGUAGGAAAAAAGCUCUUUUUGAGGCUUCUCAGGCCAGAGGCUUAUGUGAAUUUGGUCUGAUUGCAAUGACAGUGGAUUUUGGUGAUCCUCAGAUCUUUCUAGUCUAGGAAUGUGCAGAGAGGGUCAGUUUCCCACAUUCUGAGCCAUAUGUGAAAUGGGCACCUAACAGCUGGUGUGGAAGGGGAUGGUUAGAGGAACUGGCUAUGACUCAUUCAGCAUUGUCCCUCUUCUAUCCUGCUAAUUCUAGGCCCUGAGAAGAUCUAUCCCAGUUGGUCCCCAGGAAACGGGGUAGAGAGGAUGGGAAGAAGAUAGCCCAAACACAACUCAUUUGUCCUUUUAUUCUGGUUAGUUUGGGGGAUAGUUUAUUUUCUGAAGAAGAGAGUCUUGAAACUGAAUAAAGGCAAAACCAAAAUACUUUAACCUUUUUUGUUUUGGAGGGGGGCAUAUAGGAAUUUUGCAGAGCCAAAGAAAACAGUGGCUCUUAAGGAAGGCUAACCCUUCACUGCAAUAUGGAUUUGGGGUUGUAGGAAAAAAUAAGAGUGACUUGACUGAGAAGUGGUAUUAGGAAACUACACUUUAUCUUAGCCAAAAGACUGAGAAGCAAUGACACUAGGAAAAUAAAGGCUAAAUUAACUUAGAACUGAAAAUAUCUUUUUAAAAAAAGAUUAAAAUAUGACAUAACCUGGUAAUAUCUUGGGGCUUCAUUGUACAAAACUUAGCAGUCUGUAAAAUGUUUUCCCUUUGCCUCCUGUUGUUCCUAUCUCUAUCUUUUUCUUUGUAUUCUGUUUUAAUUUUGUCAGGCAGAUUUUAGCAGGGUCUCAAGUCAAACAUCUCACUGGUAUGGAGAACUUCCAUUCCAUACCAUGGUUGUUAGCUUUCUUUAAGCUUCGACUUGAAUAGGAUUUAACCAGUGUGGGCAGCACCUCUGCAGGCCAUACCUAGACUCAACAUUGUUGGCUUUUUAAACAUAUGCUUGUAUGAUAGAGAAACGCUAUAAAAGAAGAAUCCAAGAGAAGUUUUCUGGGAGGAUCCCACAAACCAGCCCCACUCACUUCUAAUUAAUUUUAGUCUUUUAUAGAUCUAAUGGAUCUGAGAUAAAACCUUUGAAAAGUGUCAUUAUUCCAUGUGUGCUACUAAAGUGAAGUGAAGUUUAGAAAGAAGUGGUUCCUCCAGACUGGGUUUAUAUUGAUCUGGGAUACAAAUAAAGAAGAAAUACUGAUGGAUUUCCCUACUGUUAAUUGGGAAAUAGGGCUUAAAAUUUUUGACCUCACAUAAAAAUGAUAUGCAAUUGUCUAUGUUUGUAUGUGUUUGAAAUAUAUUCUAUUCUCAGAGAUUUCUGUAUCCUCACAUGGUUUGGGGCAUGGGCUUAAGAACAGAUAUACAGUUUGUUCCUACAUUAUUCUGACUCAUCCUCAAAGCCAAGUUCUUGCUGUCUUCUACCAGGGGCUGCUGACUCCAGUUACCCAUGGGGUGGAAGACCUGAUGGGGUAAGGGUCUUUCACAACUUUAUGAGUCUAGGCAUUUUUCUCUCAUUAAGUGCCAGUUACAACUGGAGAUUUGAAGGACUGUGAUUUCUGCAAUGAAUCUAAUAAACUUUUGGAGUGAAGAGUCAAAUCUUUUAAUUAUAAGAAAAAAAGAAGAAAGAAAAGCUCACAUCUGUUGCUUGUAGAAUUCAGUUAUUAGCAAUGGAAUCCCUUCAAGAUUCUGAUUUGGGCUUUGUCUUGAUUUGGUUUUUUUUUUUUCCCUCUAGUGCUUUGGAGUUAAUAAACUUCAUUAAAAAUUGUUUAAUUAGUUCCAACAUUACUUGGAGAUGACCGGAAUUAAUUGUGUGUAGCACAGUAUUUUUGCUGCAGCAUUGGUGUAAAAUAGUGAAUACUAUGGAUUUUGUAGGUGUCAGGUUAAAUGGUUAAGAGAUACCUACGUUAAAUAUUUUAUUAGGUAUUGAUCAUCUUCUGUUCCCCUCCAGAGCACCCUACCCAGCUUGUGGUUUUAGGACUGCCAAAGAUCAUUGUUGAUUUGUCCUAAUCCCAAAUAUGAGACUUGUUUGAAUUUUGGUAAAUUAGAGGACAUUGUUUGAUAUUACACUGAAGCAUUUUGAAUGGUUUUAGCUCUGAAUUGGUCAUAAAGGGAGGAUAAAGCUAUAAUUUGAAAGGAAUUAAGUAUGUGAAAGUCCUUUAAAUGGUGCUUUUUGUAAUCUUUAAUGCUGAGGUAUGGAGCUGCUAUUCAGUAUUUCACAAAGGAGUGGCAUACAACUAUGGAUUUUAAAGUUUUUCUCCAAAUGUUGUUUGUCAUUGGAUUCUGACAUGCUAGAAAAUUAUAUGCUGUAACACAGAACUGGGGGGGGUAUUCCAUAAAACUGUUUAAUAAAAGUAUUAUUCAGCAAUAAUAUUUGAGGUUUUACUUAUUACUGAUUAUAUUGGGAAAAUACUUCUGCUUUGGUAAUCUCAGAAUGUGAUUUGCCAGACAGAUAUAUAUGGAUAAAGGGAGGAGUCAGAGUCCUGAGUACAAGGAACAUGAAUGAUGUCCUUCCGUCUGCCACUGUUCCUCCUUUUUUUUCCAGGCUGUGCCAGCACGAACUAUAGGAAUGUAAACUCAGUCGGUCAUUGGAUUUUCUCUGAAUUGACUGCACUUUUGGCUAUCAUCCUGUGCCAGAUUAGCAGAGAUCUUAGACCAAUGACUGGCUGUACACUCAAAUCAAUGGAGUAAACUUACUGAUGACCAGUCUACUGCCUCCUGCCCAGUUAGAUGGAAGUCUACACUGUGAAGUCCAAACAUAUGUAUUCUUUGUGUUCCCCAGGUUCAGGGUUAAGGACCACUAUCCUGGGCCCUCUUCUUCUCUAUUAGAUUGAUAUACUUCAUUCUAAUAGCAAAUCAUUCUACUCAAAUGGUCUUCUUGUGGGCCAUGAGUAUAAUACGAUAAUUUUGUUUCUUAUUUGUUUAUUUCAGAGGCUUUUUACCUUAGCUCUCUUCUGAAUUUUUCCUAAAACAAUCUCCCCUAUAUUUGAUGCUCUAUAUAUUCAACUGAGUUGAACUUUCUUAAGGAGAGAAGAAAAUGACAAUGUGGGAAUGACCCAAGUGUAAGAAGAAUGAGAGAGUUAAUAGGGGAUGGAGAUAUAAUACAGAACAUGUAACAGAAACCUGUGGUAGUAGGAAUGAACCAAAACAGUUAACCUCCAACCUCAACAGGAGAUUCAGAUAUUGCCUGCAGACCAGAGUAUGAGAGUGGUGGGUAUGACACGGAUUCUACUUCUGGAAGAAUGUUCUAAACACCAUGUGUCUAAUCACUGAAACAACAAAAUGGCACCAGAAUCUCAUCAAGGUCAAACUUGCAUUGGCAUUUAUUUUCUAAACAUUUUUUUCUGGCCAACUUGGCUUGGGGGUUCUUUGUUAUAUCCCUUCCAACUCUCCCUUCUCUGCAGUGAAAAUUACCAAUGACAUAGAUAGUUCAGGGAUAUCAUGAGUAUACUUUUCCUUUCCAAAUUUGUUCUUUUCAAGUAUUAUUUUGGCUAU